AUGUCCUUCCCCGUUCCAUUCUUCAAGGGUAUGACUCCUGUUCCUCCCGCUUUCACUUGCCCUAACGCUUAUGCUAGUGACAAGGCUCCUGAGAAUAGGAAUAAGUUUAUCGAUCAUACUCAGCUNNNNCCUCUUGGUGCUACUUCGACUGCUGCUAAAUCUCUCGAGGCUGUCCAGGCUGUCAAGGACGGCGCUAAGGAGGUUGAUAUGGUCAUUAACAUUGGCUACAUCAAGAGCGACUCUUGGGAUAAGGUUGAGGAUGAUGUCUACAGCGUUGUCCAUUCUGUCCGCGCUUAUUUGGCUAACCAGAAGGCCAACACCGAAACCGAUGGUGUUGUCGUGAAGGUUAUCCUUGAGUGCUGCCUUUUGACUGACGAGGAAGUUGUCAAGGCUUGCAAGGUUUGCGUUGCUGCUGGUGCCGACUUCGUGAAGACCAGUACGGGCUUCAGCAAAUAUGGUGCUACUGUUCACCAUGUGAAGCUUAUGCGUGAGACUGUUGGUUCCAAGUGCGGCGUGAAGGCCGCUGGUGGUAUCCACACCAAGCAGGAGAUGGAUGAUCUUGUUGGUGCUGGUGCCACUCGUAUUGGUGCUUCCAAGGGUGUUGCACUGAUGUAA